AUGAUGAGAUUUUCGGACGAUCUGGAGGCUGGUCUCGUCAGCAACCAUGUUUCCACUGUUCAUGAUGCUGCACAUCCACAAGAUGCCUCUGCCACUGCAGAUGUGUCAUACAACUUGGAAGCAGAUAGUCCAGACGGCGACGCUGGCGUUCAUGAACGAUGGAGCUUGUUGUGGCUGACGUGGUUGAUGCCAAGGAGGAGCAGAGCAAAUGAUGAAGCAUCCGUACAUGAGCACCCAGAAUCAGAAGAACCAAACGCUACUGGCGGGUUUGUGAUUGAAGUGGACAAACUCACCCAAGUGGUCAGAGAUCGUGACCUUCAAGCUCUCAAUCAAUAUAAUGGGGUUGAAGGGUUGUCAUCUCUGCUGAAGAGUGACCUUGGAAAGGGCAUAGACCGGCGCGACGAUGAGAUACUGCAACGUGGGAAGGCGUUUGGGUCAAACACAUACCCUUGCAAAAAUGGAAAGACUUUCUGGAGCCUUAUCUGGAAAGCUACCAAGUUUCCUCCUUAUAUGGUUAUACUGCUUGCUGCUGUUAUAAGUUCGCUGCUGCGAAUAAUAAACGGAAAGUCUAUCCACGAUGGAUUUUAUGUGGAAGCUUGCAUCAUUUCGGCCACUGUCCUUGACAUCACUUUAAGAGCUUUCACAGAGUACAAGCGGUGUCGUCAGUCUGCAAAAACGAGUGAGAAGAACAGAAGCGUACCCCAAGACGUUAUUAGAGGUGGCAGAAGACUCACAGUUUCUUCAUCUGAUAUUGUCGUCGGCGAUAUUGUACCCCUCAGGAAUGGGUUUCUGGUACCUGCAGAUGGUGUCCUGUUUGUUGCAAACUCAUUGAAGAUUGACGAGCAAGAAAUAACUGGCUCACACUUGAUUGUUCAAAAAGAUCUUCUAAACAAUCCCUUCCUGUUAUCUGGCUCAAAAGUGAUAGAGGGCAUAGGUACAAUGCUGGUUACAAGUGUUGGAAUAAACACUGAAUGGGGGAAAAAGAUUGAGACACAACCUGAGAUUGAUGAAGAAAAUCCCUUUCAAGUGUACGUGAAACAGAUUGCAAUUUCUGCUAGUUGGUUAGUCAUUUCGCUAGCUUCUAUUGCCUGUAUUGUUCAGUUAUGCCGAUACUUUUAUGGUUGGACCAAAAAACCAGAUGGAACUCCAAUGUAUAUGCCCGGAAGUACCACUUCUGAUGAAGCAAUGGAAUAUGUGAUCAAAUCCAUGAGUUUUGGGAUCGAGACAAUAAUCGUGGCAGUGCCUGUUGGACUUUUUAUAGGUCUUGUCUUGAAUCUUGCAUACACUAUAGGUGAAAUGAUGAGUGGCAACGCUUUGGUUCAAAAACUCUCUGCAUGUAAAAGAAUGGGACAUGUUACAACUAUAUUGUGUCAUAAAACUGGAAUAUUAACUUCGAAUGAGAUGUCUGUGGUUGAUGUCUGGGCUGGAGGAAUAAGAGCAGAAGAUAUGGAUAAUGUUUCACAGUUGCCCUCGAUUCUUAAAGAAAAAAUAAUAGAAGGUAUUGCCCGAAACACCAACGGCAGUGUUGUUUCUGAAACGGGCGUCACUGAACCAAAGGUUUAUGGAUCACCUACAGAACAAGCCAUUCUUAGCUGGGGGAAUAAGUUGGGAAUGAAGUUUGAUGAGGCUAGGUCAGGAUCACCAGUCCUUCAUGUUAUACCUUUCAAUCCAAAAAAGAAAUACGGAGGCGUGGCACUACAGGUUGGUACAGAAUACCACGUUCAUUGGAAAGGAUCUGCAAAGGUUAUUCUUGAUUCAUGCAAAUGGUAUAUGGAUGAGGCCAACAACCGCAAAGCUAUUGAUAAACAGGAGAUGGAAGGAAUAAUUGGAUACAUGUGUGAGAGAGGGAUGCGUUGUGCCGCACUUGCUUAUCAGUCCUAUGAGCUGGGAGGUCUUCCAACAACUGAGGAAGAACUUUCUAGACUACCUCAAGACCUUGUUUUGUUAGCUAUUAUUGGUAUAAAGGAUCCUUGCUGGCCAGACACAAAGGAUGCGGUCGAGUUGUGCAAUUCUGGAGGUGUUAAGGUUCGCAUGGUAACAGAGGAUGACGCUUUGACUGCACAAGCAAUAGCAAAGGAUUGUGGGAUACUGGAGAAUUCAGAUGGCCAUGAUGUUAUAAUGACAGGAGCUCAAUUUCGUAAUCUUUCCGAACCAGUGAGAGACGAGAACGCUCCAAAGAUAUUAGUUUUGGCUCAAGCCUCUCCCGAGGACAGUCUUCUGUUUGUCGAAACGCUGAAGAGAAGUGGGGAUGUAGUUGCAGCCAUUGGGAUGGGAAUACAUGAUACAAAGACACUAGUCGCGGCGGAUGUUAGCAUUGCAGCGGGAAUCGGAGGGACCCGAGAAGCAAGAGAGAAUUCCGAUAUUAUUAUAAUGAAUAACCGUUUUGCUCCGAUUGUUGAGUUCAUCCAAUUUUCUCGAUCUCUUUACAUUAAUAUUCAGAGAUAUGUCCGGUUCCGGCUCACUGUCAGUCUAACAGCCCUGGCUAUAUGUGUGGUCGUGGUUGUAUUGUAUGAUACGUUUCCACUUAAUCCCGUGCAGCUUUUGUUGCUUAAUUUUGUUCUCGACAUCUUUGGAGCACUAGCGUUGGCUUACAGACCAUCAGCUCGCAACGUAAUGCGACAGCCACCAGUUGGUAUGAGAGACCCUCUUAUAACCAUGCCGAUGUGGUUAAAGAUGCUGAUACAGGUUAUUAAUGAGGUUGAAAUCCCAAAGAGACACCAAACCUUGAAAGAAGUUCUUAGAGCCAAUGUGUUUGUCGUUACAAUAACCGCAACUAUCAUAGUUCAUAUAAUCUUGGUAGCGCUCUCUGGAAUUUCCAAUCCUGAUGUUAGGUUUGACUGGGAAAAAUGGGUCAUCUCCAUCCUUGUGGGAUUUAUCACCCAGCUCGCCACGACUCGCUUACUUUAG